AUGCCCUCCGCAACACUCGUGGACACCAUGUCCGAAUCGAGAUCACUAUUUGGACGGAGCUCAACGUCUUCUCGCAUGGCAGGGUCCCCUAUCGAAUCGUCAGCAGAUAUCGCAAUCACAGUCACACCCAGUACAUCAUCCAACUAUUCCGCUUUGAUUACAGAUGAAGCCUCCGGAGCUUCGUACGAGUUGGCGACCCCGCUCACUGCCAAGAGCUCCGUUAUUGCUACGUACCGCAAUUGGGUCGGCCCUCGUGUUGUGCAAGGCGAUUCCGCUUGUUGGCGUGAAGCCCACAUUAUGGACGUGUGUCCAUCGCAGUACGACCGCAAUGAAGCCACCAACACGUGCUGGACACAGUGUCCGAUCGAGUUCCCCAUCCGGUGCGGCAUGGAGUGCAUCCGUCAAAACGACGGCUGUGGGCGCGAGGUCUUUUACAAGAUUGGCUCCAUUGUCAACGUCGGCCUCAAUGGCAUAAUGGACAACUGGUUUGGCAAAUUUCGAGCAAUGAGUAAAGCCAUAAGAACCGCUACCAUGUGUGCGUGUAUGGUGCUAGGCGAGGUCCGUGCCAUUCUUCGGUAUGUUCGGAGUGUAAAGACUUCGGAUCCCCAAGUCUCUCGCGAUCGGCUCUUGACAAUGUUGUUCCAGUCCAAUGCUGUGGUCGUUGAAUUGCCCAUUACUAUCAAGCUUUGUUUGGGUGGCACCGCAAGUUCCCAGUGGUGGCUCGCUGACCGAAUCGUCGCGUCAACGCAGUACCUCUUGUCCCAAAUUCUGUCCCACGAAGACUACCUCAUCACAAGCUUUGACCGGUUCAACGCUUUUCUAAGAGGAGCCAACUUCACGGUCAUGCCAGAGAUGAUGACCGACGGAGAGAUCCAAUAUUUGAAGCACGCGCUCGAGUCCAACUCGACUUGUGGACACGACUUGCAGGGUCUAGUGGAACGUGCGUGGUUGACGAUCGAGUCUCUUAAAGAAGAGCACCCUGGUAUUACGAAAGAUGAGCUGCGCGUCAAGAUUCAGGACACCCAGCUGGCCAAGACGGAUAUUGCCAGAGUCACUAGCAACUGCAUGGGAUUGCUCAUUCAGCAGUCGGACGAGAGAACAGCGUACACUACGCGGGACACGAUCCGAAAGACGUUUGGCGUGAUUUUCAAUGACCUGAUUACUAAAGGCGUGAGCAACAACGGGUCGUCGUACAAGGCGAACGAGUACACGUAUCAAUGGCUGAACCAAGGUCUCAACUUCUGGGUCUCGACAGGAUUCGACAUGAGCGGUAUCUCCAGUAUGAUCUCUGAGUACUUCCAGUCCAUCUGCGGACCCACACAGUUCAUCGGUGAGGUAGACGAUGGCAGUCAUCCGGAUACACUCGGACUCAACACUAUUCAGAACGCCUUCAAGAACAGCACCAUGAUGUGGACCAGGAAAGGGGACGGCCGCGUUAUCAUUUCUUUUACCAGCAACGAUACUGAGGACGUGACAGUCAACAUCAUGUCUGGAGGGGACAAAAUUGACGAGAUCAAAGUCGCUGCAGGCAAAAGAGGGACGUGGAAGUCCACCGUAUCCAUCCUGGGUGGUAAAACACUCUACUUGGAUCGAUGGCGUCCCGGGUUUCUCGGGCUCCCAGGCACCGGCGGUGGCUCGCUGAUGUUGUGGGUGCCCCACGCGGCCGAAGGAGGCCAUUUAGAUUUGAACGUGCACUUGAACGUGAGUUAG